AUGCCUCCCCGCGAGAAGCUUGGAAAUUUAGUAGGUUGGACUGCUUUGCUGCGAAUAGUGACGCUUUCUCAUGAGGCGCUUGUCACUGGCAACAUCAUUACGAAGAGAGACAUGUAUUAUCGAGAUCCAGAACUCUUUACGAAACAAGCAAUCGUCGAUCGUUUUGUGGACGACAUCGCCUACACCCUUGGAUUAAAGCGUGACGCAAUGAAUGUGUCACAAUUGGUGCCAUGGGUGAGAGAAAUUGAAGAGAUUGACCUCUCGCAGGUCAAAUGGAUCUUGGUGAUUGAGAAAGAGGUUGUACACUUUAAUCUGCAGGUUGCAACAUCUCUGACUCAAUAUAGGCUACCUUUCGCACAUUGGAAGAAAAGCGAUACUGCUAAAGGUUAUCCUGAUAUACAAAGUCGACAAUUUCUCCACUAUCUGGCAGAAAAUCAUCCAUUGAUACCAAUAUAUGCUCUGGUAGACUUCGAUCCCGAUGGCAUAGGUAUUAUGUCCACAUACAAAUACGGCUCUGUCGCGCUCGCACAUGAAAACGAAGAUCUUUCAGUUCCCUCAAUACGCUGGCUUGGACUUAAAAGCACGGAUAUGAUGCAUGGAGUGAAAGAAGAUGAAGGCCUCCUCAAAUUAACAAAAAGAGAUAGGCGAAUUGCGGUUGGGAUGCUACAGAGGGACGUGUGCCAGGAUGGUGGAGUUGAAAAGGAAUGGAGAAGACAACUUCAAAUUAUGUUGAUGCUAAACACAAAGGCAGAGAUUCAAGUCAUUGGUAAUGGUGACCUUAAUACCGGAAACAUGUCCAUAAAUAAAUAUAUCAAGGAAAAGAUGCACGCCCUUUCUUUCGCUUCUCGUCAUCUCAUUGCUCAUCUCUUACCCCUUUGCACAAGGUGGAGCUACUUGCCGUAG